AUGCUGCCCUGCCUCACCCUGGUCUUCCUGAUGGUGCUGCCUGUGUGCAUCAUGGCAAAAGACAGUGGACAGAAACUGAUACUCAACACAGAAGCAGAGCCCUUGAUAACCGUGACUCUAGAGGGAGGUGCUGGUCCCAGCAUUCAACUCCAGCUGCAGAAGGCAAAGAGAAGCAAGAACAGACAGUUCUUUGGGCUCAUGGGAAAGAGAGUGAAAGGAAUACCCUCGAUCCAGCCAGAGGGAAGAACAGAGCCAGCUGAUCCAGAGGACAAUGAGGUUUCCAGACCUUGA